AUGAACAAGGAUGCUGUUCAAAAUGAGCGUCAGCCGAGGAACAAGGCCACAAUAAGACCAUCUUUGGACCUCGAUCCUCAAAACUUCUUUAGCCAAUAUGCUGGUACUGUGUCUGCAGUCUUAUCCCAGCCAGAAGUAACCGAAACUAGAGAAGAAUCUCCGGUGAGUGCUGUGAGUGAAGGCAAGACAGAAGAUGAAA